CCAAUCGCGAAAAGUGUCUUUUAUUAGCAGCGGUAGCAGACUGACGACAGAAGCUUCGCCAGAAAUCUGCAUACUUCUUACUUACUAAUUAGAGGCUUUUGACUGAUUUUCUUCCCAUGUUAACUACAUUAUAGGCAUGUCAUGAUGAACACUGUACCAAAGUUACCAACCACUCCUGAUCCCAAGGCUCUAUUCAAGGACCUUGGAAGGCCCACGCUCAGGGGUGUCAGGAAGUGCCCCAACUGUGGAAUCUACAAUGGCAUACGUGGCCUCAGCUGCAAGAAUAAAGAUUGUAACAUUGUCCUUAGGGGUAAGGGAAGAAAGGGGAACCAAAGUCCUGAUGCAAUCAGAAUCAUCACAGGAUCGUCUGCUAUGGUUUAUUCUGUCCGAUUGCGUGAUAGGGGGCCUGAGUAUAGAGGAUUUGUGGAGCUGCCGAUUAGCGGAGAGAUUGUCCUUCAGGGGCCUGAUUCUGAGACUAUGACCCUUGUGGAUGUACCCCAUUGCUAUAUUGGAUCGUGUCAAAAGUUGACUGCACAAGAAAGUAACCAGGUGUUAUGCCAGCAUGUUGAGCUUGCCCAAAAGUGCACGACAGAGGCCCAACCGCUAACUCUGAAGAAUUCGGUACUCAAUAGUUUACCGGUGUCAAACGAAAUGAAGCAAGCGAUCUGGCUCCUCGCCACCGAGACCACCGGUCCUCUAGUGCAGCGUGUGUCUAAGAAUAUCAUGGUUGUCAAGUGCAAGCCCCAGCAGACAAAUCACCUAGGUUUCCUUCAUUUUUCCUUCUCGGAGUCUCCAAAGAGGAAGGGCUGUGUGGAACAUAGGUUUUAUUGCUCAUGCAGACUGUUCAAGAAUUUCAAGCAUGCACAUGAAGAAAACAAGAAGAAGUGUGUCCACUUUUAUGCUUGUAUCUGUGCGUUUGCAAGUGAUGAUGUACUAGCCAAGGAAUUUGAAUACUUCAUUAAUAUGGAUGAGGAGAAAAAGGUAGCAGCAGACAUUCCUGUAUCUCCUCUUGGCGCUGUUCAAAUAACCAUUAUUGAUGGUCAAGUGACUGAUACAUCAUCAGAGGCGGUUUCCAUGGCAAUCGCAGUGCCUGGUGCGCAGGGGAAGAAGAGGAGGAAAGAUGACACACUUGCCCAGGCCAGCAGUGCUCUGUUGACGCUCCAAGAGGGAGCAACAUCCCCUGUUAAGAAGACACCACCUAGGAGAAACACCGGUCCUACAUUGGACCCUGAACUGUCCUUCAACAAGGGGAUUCCCCAGCCCCCAACAGAGGCACUGGAAGGACCCACAGUCUCUUUCAAUCACUGGUUGGGGAGCGUGACGGAGAGGAUCAAUCAAACCAUGCAUUAUCAGUUUGAAGGUACUCCUGAGCCUCUGGUGUUUCACAUACCCCAGGUUUUCUUUGAUAUCCUCCAACAGCGGAUAUCAUCAGGAUCUCGCAAGAAGAGACUCCCUAACUCUACGGUGGCAUUCAUCCGUAAAGAUGCCCUUCCUCUAGGGACGUUUACCAAGUACACCUGGCAGCUGACCAGCAUCAUCCAAGUCAAGCAGAUAUUUGAUACAAUGGAGAUGCCUCUUGAGGUGACAAGAAGCUUUGUAGAGAACAAAGAUGGGACGUUCUCACGUUAUUCUCCCAAGGUAGAUGUACAGCAUGUAGGAGAGGCUUACGGGAGAGCAGCAGGACAGAUUCCAAUCAAGCCAUUUGAGCUUAAAACUUUCCUCAAAGUUGGAAACACUGCAGCGGAUCAGAAGGAGCCGACACCUUUCAUUAUCGAGUGGAUCCCUGAUAUCUUGCCCAAGUCUCGCAUCGGUGAGCUCCGCAUCAAGUUUGAGUAUGGUCACCAGCGAAAUGGACACGUUGAGAAAAGAUUGGAUGAGUUACAUGCUGCAAUAGAACAUGUUGUGUAAAGAUAGAGUUGGAGAACCUUGAAUUCAAACUCUACAGGCCGAGUAGAACCCUGUGGAUUGUUGUCAAGUUGAACAUCGGAAUGUGUUCAUUGGAUCAAGGACAUUUGAAAAGGCUGAAAGCGUUGAAUGGGAUGUCAGUGACACCGAAUCACGUGUGGACCCAGGAUUUUACUGAAGAUGAGAGACAGAAAUCUCUUGACAAUUUUCUAGCACAAGAAAAGACUCCUCACAAGGAAUACCAUGAAGUUGCCCUUCCCCUACUACUACUACUACUGAGGGGAGAGAGCACUUCUGAUGCAAGUCAUAUUCUGUAUUUUCCCAUUGAGUGCAGACCCCGAUUGUUGUGCUCUCAUACUAGUUUGUUCUUGUUAAGUAGCCAGAUGAACAAUGCUAGUAAAAGUUCCUCUACAAAAAAUAUGUGUGGCUAAAAACUGAAGGGGCUUACCACAGCCUCCUUUGCUGCACCUCCUGGUUGAAAGACUCAAGGAAGGUGCUGGGAGUGAGUUCCAUAUUCCGAUUGCAUCGGGAUGAAAUGUCCCCUGAUAUGCUUGGGUUCUGGCACAGUGUUCAGUAUAUAGGAUAGAUUCUACAAAGCUAAAUGUAUGUUGGAGUGCUUACAAGUUUGCAUUUGACCAUGUGUAAAUGCAGAGCUCUACAAAGUAGGGGUUACAAAAUUCAAUUCAAUUUCCUUAAAUUGUCCACAUGGAAAUUUGUUUUGCUCACAUUUUGAAUAUUUGUAAGAAAACGAUACAUCACUUACUUGCAUAAAUGCAAUUAUACAGAAUGACAGUAGAAAGUGACAAAUACUUGUACAAGAGAAAUUCUCCAGGAUAAUGUUUUUCCAAUAAAGAUGUUGAAGUAAAGACUACAGAAGAUUGCCCAGUCUUCAGGUGGUGAAAUUAAUGUAUGUGCGGAUGGAGACAGGAACAAAGGAAUUUAGGAAACGUUGCGUGCGAUAGUUUAGUGACUGAAGUCAUUAAUUGGAAAAGCAUCAGUGAUUUUUGUUUUCAGUAUUUGUUGUAUUUCUAGAAGAAUAUUUUUUUUGCAGGCAUCAUUUAAAUUUUGGUUUUAACUGGUGAUCUAUUCUGCUUGUUUGGUGAUUCUCUCAAUUUUCCUGAAUUCCUUCUUUUGACAACCCUUGUACCAGACAACGUACCCCUUCGUCUUAAAAAGUUUAAAUACAAUCAAUUAUGUCAACAGUUUUAAGAGUUGAUUUAAUUUUUAUUUUGCUUGUUGAGGCAGAAGUUUGGAGAAGUAUUUCCAGUGCUGCAAGUCUUUUUCAUUUUUUAGUUAUUUAUUUUAGAUUUCAAUUUUUAAAUGAAUUUUUUAUGUUUCCAUGUGCCAUAGGUGGUUGCUGAAAGCUUUAUGUUUUUAUUAUCAUAAAUUUUUUAUUUCUAUUUAUUUAUUUAUUUUUUUAUUUAUUUUUUUUUGGGGGGGGGUAUUGGGUGUCUGGCCAUCAUAUCAUUUAUGAUGGAUCAACAUCAAACUUGUUCCAAGUAGUCAUGUGUGAGUGACAAUGAUUUCAUUAGACUUUGGGGUCACAAAGUCCCAAGGUCAGGUGAAUAGUCUUUAUAUAGGUCAUUAUAUAUUGUAUUCCUAAAAAAUACCUUUCUCACCAUGACUUAACUGUUCAUCCUCAAAGACUAGCACAUAAAGAGAGCCUUCAGUACACGAAUCAUUGUACAUAUAGGCCUUUCAGACUAGGUGAACGUUUUGUGCUCUGUCAGAUUCUCAAUAAUUUGUAUGUCCAUUAAAAAUGGAAUGUUACCAAGUAUUCUGGUAUAAAGUUUGUUAGUAAGAUCUGAUAUAGAAUCUUAGAAAGUUUUUUCCAAUUGUGUAAAAAAUUAGGAAGAUUUUUGGUAUCUUAUUAAGCACAAGAACGGGUCAGCAGUCACAUGUGAAGUCGGAUGUAACUUAAUGGACAGCUGUAUGAAAUGGUUCCCUGAUAACAUAGGAAUCUGGACUUCUGCAUUUCCUUUUUUUGGGUUUCCAUUUUCAAGAAAAAAAUUGGUUUAUUGGAGAAUAUCUUCUUAAUAAUAAACGUGAGGUACAUGUAUCCUGUAUUAUACAUAUUAGCAACGCAACUACAUGUACUGUAGUGCUUAUGGAGUUUGACUUAUCCGCACUGAUGCAAAAUACAUGUACUACUGUAAAAGUAGUUCUCAUUAAAUGGGGAAGGGAAGUGAAUGAUUUCUAGAUGCUUAAUAAUACUAUUACUCUAAAAUCAUCAUUAAGUGAAGAUUGUGAUAACUUAUUUUAAGAUAUUACACAAUUUGUUCAAUAUUUUGUACAAGUAUCGACUUACCUAUAACGUGUAUGAGCAGCUUUGUUUUGGAUUAUUUUCCUCUGAAAUAUACUGUGUUACUCAUUUACACAUGUACUACAUUUACAUGUAUGUAUGUCAACAUAUUUUUACUAGGCUGCUCAAAAGAAAUCUUUUCCUAUUAAAUGAUAUAUUUUUCAGGAAUUGUAUGUACAGAUAAUAGAUAUUUCAAAUACAUUGUUUAAAGGUUCACGAAAGUGCUGUACAAAAUAUACAUGUAAAUAUUUGUGCUGGCUAUAUCUACACAUUUGUACAAUACAUAGAUGUAUUACUUUUUGUUUUUAUUUAUAUUUUGUUAGCAUGAAGUGCUGUGACUAGAGAAAUAUUUAUUGCUGCAUUCAAAUGAAUUCAGUUUUAAUUCAAGUUGUUCAUUUCCCGACAGUAUUACUUGAAUUUAGUUUUUUCAUGAAAAUUUUCCCAAAAUAUCAAAAUAAAGUGGGCAAGAAAGUAUAGGUUUCUAGAGAUUUGUUUGUGUGUUGUUAACAACUGAAAAAAGAGAGAAUAGAACCGACAAUAUGCAGAGUACCAACAUGUGACAACAUCAAUCUUUUUAUGCAUUUCAGAAUUUUCAUGGACCAAAUUUGGGAUUUGGGUGUUUUUCAUCGUGCUCCAUGGAGAUAUGGUAUCAAACAUGCUGAAAUGCAAAAAUAAAGAGUUUCUGUGAUGUUUUCACUUUGGAACACUGCAACCUUUAUCAGAAAAAGUUGAAAAGUAUUUGUAAUCAAAGAUGCGAUGAAAACUUGAUGAAAGAAUCAAUCCCUCAUGGUAUGAUACCAGGAGGGCAGUUCAUAAAAUAAAUGAUUUUCAAUGACCGAUGUUACAAGCUACUGAAAAUCCUUACAUCUGAUUGGUUGCGAGCACAUUAGUCAGUGAAACUCUGAAAACACUCCUCAGAUCCAGAUGUUGGCAACAAUGACCUAUAUUUCUCUAUGUACUUGAUAUGCCACAAAGGAUCAAUAACAUUGGUUCUUUGCUGCAUAUAUGAAGUCUUAAUGAAGUUAUAUUAGAAACACCCAAUCUCUAAAUCUAUCCCGGUGCGUGUUUGAUUACAAAAGCAAAGGAACAGAUCACAUUAAAACAUCUGGCGCAGGCAGAUUUCAGAAGCCUAUGGCAAUUUCUCUCAGCCAAUCACAUUGCUUGCUUGAUUUGAGCAUGAGCUUGCAACUUUCUUUAGCUCCAAAAACUCUUGAAACAGUUUCUUGAAUUGUGGGAAAAGAAAUGAAAGAAAACUUUUUUUAAUUGUAAUUUUGGCAGAUGAACCCUGGGUUUUUGUAAAGGUUGGUUUGAUUAUAGAGUACCAAAUUUGAUGCAAAGGAAAAGGAUGUUUUGGUGUGACUUUACAGUGCAUUUCUAAUAACCUUGAAUAGCUUUUGACAAAAAUGUACCAGUUUGCAUAUUAAAUUUAAAUUAGAAUGCCAUCACCUGUAUAGUUUAAUCCUAAUUGAUGUGAUUGAAAUUGCUUGACAAGUCCAUAUUUCAGUCUUGCUAACUUCACACACUGUUUUGUGAAACACUGCAAUAAUCUGUAAGUGGACAUUCAAUCACAACAUACAGCAAACACAAGGGAACAUUUGAUAUAUUUCAAAUUUUAAUCAAAGCAGACUUCAGCCAUAUUGAAUAAGGCAAAAUCAUACAUGUAGCAAGCAUUUUAUUGCACAUUAUUAAUAAUAUUUUUACAAACCUUUUUAUACAACACUGCAACAAUUUGUAAGUGAACAUUAAAUCACCACCUUCAGCAAACACAAGGGGAAAAUUUGAUAUAUUUCAAGUUGUAAUCCAAGCAAGCUUCAGACAUACUGGAUAAAGGCACUAUUAUUGGAAGCAUUUAAUUGCACAGUUCUCCAUAGAAAAGUGAAUACAUAUUGCAUAGACCAAUGCUUUUCACGAGGCAAGAAAAUGAGUGAUUGCAAAAAGUAAAAUAAUGAUACAUAUUGCACUACUUUAAACAUAGCAAGAAAUACAUUUCAUUAAACCUCACAUAGAAAACUUUACAUGUUGAUGUGUAACAUUGAUAACUAUUAUUAGUUAUUAUUUGACAAUAUUAGUAAUUUACUCUGUUUAGUUUUUCAAGAAUUUUUUCAAAGAUAUUUUAAUACUUCAAAGAUGUAUAAACCAUAAAAUUUGUUAUUUUGUUCCAUGAUUUAUCAUGAUUUCUACAUAAGUUGCUGCAAAAUAUAUCAAUUCUUUAAUCGAGAAGGGAAAAAUCAAGUAGUACUAAUGCAACAAUAACUGGUCUGAUAUGUUAAUCUUAUCAGCAACUCAUUAAGCACCAAAAUAGAAUGAUAAAGGACUGUCAUAUUCAACAAAUAAAAAAUCAAAAUAAUACAUAAAAUCACUACAUGCACAUCAUAGGCUACAGUAAUAUACAAAACAAAAUAAACAACUUAAAAGGCAAUAAAGAACAUAGAAAACAUAACUCAGAAUCAUGUAAUGAAAGGAUGCAAGUUGUUACUGUAGUAGACAGAAGACAUAAUUUUGUGCACUUACAGACAAUGACACUUUAAUACCUUAUAAGUGUUAUUAUAAUUAAAACUUUGAAAAAAGGUAUAUAAUACACCAUCAAACAAAUAUACAAAUAUUUUGGAAUAACAAAUUUGACAAAAUUGAAAAGAAAAUCUACAGGUAAAUUGCUGUCAUAGGUCAAGCAUUCUAUUCACAUGAAGAGUUCUCUUAUUUGUGCUACCUCAAUAAUGCUUAGUUCAAAUUAAUGAAACAAGAUACUAGGAUACUUGGACCUACAUGUAAAAAGAGAUGGACAUUUAUUAGUUACUAAGACACUAACAUGUGAAUAUCAUUGUCAUGGAUAAUAUUCUCUUCAUAAAAGUCUCCUUUGAUUCUAUAAUGGUCACCAUCACUUACAUGUAGGCCAUUGGUUGAAAGAACCAUUUAAUGAUGAGACACUGAUAUUGCACAAACUGUAUACAAAGAAAAAAAGCACUUAAAUCCUUAGAAAUCAAUGUGCAGUUCUUAACUACAUCUAAAUAGUUCCAUGUGUAUUACUUGAAAAAUGUACAAAUAUCAUACGGUAUAGUAAAUGAAAUUAUGAUUAUCAUUUAUAAUCGCAUUUUUCCAAGUUUCCUCCAAUAUUCCAGAGGUACAUAGUACGUAGAGAGUGUGUAUCUCUUGAUGUUACCGUGGUCAUUAUGUGUGUGCAGAAUUUUGCAGAUCGAGUAAUAACAAAUUUUAUAUCACGUAAAUUGGCUGCUUCUCAAUUUUGCCACUCCAAAUCUGAAGCAUGUAGAUUGAAAGGCAUAUAUAUUCUGAGACAGGAUAUCAGCUAACAAAACCAAGACCAGGAAAACUGUUCGUUUGUAAAUGAUCAGAUAUGCCAUAUGGUUCUCGUCAUACAUUAUGUUCUCAUUAAGAUGCACAUAAUCAGGUAGUGAUUAUCAUUGCAUCAAAAAAAUGUUCACAAUAAUCGUCUAUCUCUUUGUAGGUCCAUGGUAUAAUAAACAUAUUUGAAUGAUGAAAAGUACUGAAUAUGCCAAAAUUUCCAAAAUU